UAGUUGCAAAACUUCUGGCAUUCACCUGUGAAUGUGACUAGAGAUUUUAAUCAUCAAAAACUCAAUAAACAUUUAUUUUUUAUUUCUGUUACGUUUAUUCAUUGACAAAAAACUAAAAACACAUUUAUACUAUAAGACUAUAUCCAGCGGCCAUAGAUAAAUGCGGUGGCAUAUCAGAGGGUCGAAAAAGAUUGGUGAGGUCCUAUAUAUUCAAGAGACGACUGUAUCAAGAGAAGAGGUUAAUAGAAACAAAGCAAAACCUAUCAAUAUGGAUACUCGUAGUCGCAGUGACGAUGCAAAAAGAAACGUGAUGAUGAUGUGGUUCUUGGGGAUGUUGCUCUUUUACAUGGUGGCCGAGUCGGGUGCUCAACUGUCGGAGAAUUAUUACUCCUCCACAUGCCCCAACGUGGAGCGCAUCGUUCAGCAGGCGGUUACUACAAAAUUCCAACAAACUUUCACGACGGCUCCGGCAACAUUACGGAUGUUCUUCCACGACUGUUUUGUCGAAGGAUGUGAUGCGUCUGUGUUGAUAGCAUCUGAGAAUGAAGACGCAGAGAAGGACGCGCCGGACAAUAAAUCUCUCGCCGGAGACGGUUUCGACACUGUGAUCAAGGCGAAAACCGCUGUAGAAGCUUUAUGUCCAGGUGUUGUGUCAUGUGCCGAUAUUUUGGCUCUUGCUGCUAGAGACGUCGUCGUCCUCGCUGGAGGGCCAGGGUUUAAUGUGGAGCUAGGAAGACGAGACGGGCUCGUCUCCAAGGCGUCUAGAGUGACUGGGAAGAUACCUGAACCAGGGCUUGACGUGAGAGGUUUAGUCGAGAACUUCGCUAGUAACGGGCUUUCACUUACCGACAUGAUUGCUCUCUCAGGGGCACACACCAUUGGAUUCUCUCACUGCAACCGUUUCGCCAACCGUCUCUACAACUUCUCUACCUUCAUGCCCCUGGACCCUACGCUCGACCCGGCCUACGCACAACAGCUGAUGCAAACUUGCCGUCGUGCUGGCUGGGACCCAGACCAAGUCGCAGACAUUGACCUAACCACCGGACGUGUCUUCGACAAUCAAUACUACCAGAAUCUCGUGGCUCGGAAAGGCCUUUUCACCUCCGAUCAAGUUCUGUUCAACGAUCUUUCGUCUCAGUCUACAGUGAUGAGGUUUGCUAACAACGCCGGAGAAUUCUACGCCGCUUUUACUUCUGCUAUGAGGAACCUUGGCCGCGUUGGGGUUAAGGUUGGAAACCAAGGAGAGAUUCGAAGGGACUGCUCUGCUUUUAACUAGCUUUUAUUGAACGAUGUUCAAAACAUAAAACAUAAAACAUGUAAAUUCUGAAGCUUAUGCUAUAUUAAAAUGUCACCAUAAUCCACAAUGGAACUUCUUAAAUUGUAUUGGUUGAGCUAUUUCUCAAGAUUAAUCAGAUCCCAAACAUUUAUUUGAAACUGAAAUUUUAUUUUAUACAUGGGAAGAUCUUUGCGUAGAUGUUGCCGCGGAUAUGAAUACAAAAAAAAA